AUGGCCAAUGACUCGACUUUCAUCUGCGGGGUCAUCGAAGGCUUCUACGGCCGCCCCUGGACGCAGGACCAGCGUGUGGACCUCUACAAGAAGCUGGAGCACUACCAGCUGAACUGCUACGUGUACGCGCCGAAGGACGACCUGAAACAUCGGCUCUCCUGGCGGGAACUUUACACCGACGAGGAGGCCGAGAGUCUUCGUCACCUCAUCGCCGAGGCGCGCCUUCACAAUCAAAUGUUCGUCUACGCUCUCUCGCCCGGCAACGACAUCCGCUAUUCGGACGAGGGUGACAUUAAUGCAACGAGGCGCAAGUUGGAGCAGGUCCAAUCUCUGGGAUGCACCAGCUUCGCUCUGCUGUUUGACGACAUCCCCAAGGAGAUGCACCGCGCCGACCAAGAUCGCUACGACUCCUUCGCCCAGGCGCAGGUGCAAGUCACCAAUAAGAUUUACGAGAUGCUUGGGCGGCCGGUGUUCAUGUUCUGCCCCACCGAAUACUGCGAGACACGCGCCCACCCGAGGAUCGCCGACUCGGAGUACCUCGACACGGUCGGCCGCUUCUUGCACUCGGAGAUUUACGUGAUGUGGACGGGCCGCUCCGUUGCGGUGAAGGAGUCGAUCUCCGGGCUGCUGCUCAACCCCAACAACAAGCAUGAGACGAACCUGAUGGCCAUCGCCACGACCUCACAGUGGCGACACGCCGUCGCGGAUGCGGAUGGGAUGAACACCGAGGACAACGCGUCGUCGAAGGUCUACUGCCCGGAAGAAGCUCUAAACAAGGCGCUCGCCGACUGGGAAAGCUUUUCAACACGGAGACUGCAAUCGGCCGCUGUCAGCCGCUCCGGCUCGGUGGCGAUGGACAGCGACUUGACGGUGCCGCCCGACGUCUCGGCCGAGGUGGCCCUGCCGGUGAUGGCCGUCGACGAGAUGGUGCACGCUGUCAUGGGCGACCCGAAUUUGCAAGACGCGACCGAGCCGGACCUCGUGAACUCGUUGGUGCCCGAGUACAACACCUGCACGGUGAUGGGCACGCCGAUUGGGGCAAAUUCGCAUAAGAAUAGCCACGAAGAAGGAGCCACGGGGACCAGUCGCUGCGAAGACGGAAGCGGCCGAAAUGACAACAACAAGGGCAAAGACCGCAAGGCCAAGAUCAACCUGUGGAAGCCGCAUGGCGUCUCGUCGGACAUCACGCAGCGAUAUCCUUCCCGAAUUCACCUGCACGCCAAAUUCUGCACCGACGACUCCGUAGCGAUGAAGCGCAUCGUGCAGACGCUGGCCACCGUGCUGUCGUACUCGGGCUCGGCCGGCGUGCACGUCGUCUGCGAGCCAGACGACUACCAGAAGAUCUCCUUCCUCGCCAAGCUCCAGUUCAACCUGAUCCCCACGAAGCGCGCCGACGGGUUGGAGAUCUACGGGUACCG